UGCCAACUUCCCACCCCAUUCUCUUUCUCUCAUCAUCACUUCAUUCUCAUUCAACCCAUUCUCACCUCUUCAUUCACCACCAACCCCUUUGACUUCUUUUCGUCUUCCCUCUUCUACUUUUUUAUCAACCCUUUUCAACAACUCAUUCCCGCGGGUUUGAACAACUUUGUUCUUCCCACGUUUUAAAAUUUCCACCUUGUUCGAGUAAUCGACUUACCCCAAUCCAUCAUGCUUCGAUUCGCACCCUGGGCCGCGUUGGCCAUGGCGCCAUUGGCUCAGGCUCGUUUUGACUGGCUACACGCUCGGCAUCAAGCUGAGGAGUGCUGCCCUUGUCCGUCGCCUGGUGCGCCGGACGACACUGCUAAGACCGUGACAAUCAGUGAGCCUGCUGGAACAGCUCACACAGUCACGGUCACGGAACCCGCUGGGUAUCCAUCCAAGGAGACGAUCACGAUUGAGCACACCAUUACUCAGCCUGGAAAAACUGUCUACAUCACCCAAACUGAGCAAUAUACCGUGACCAAAAAGGUAACAAUUCCUGCGGAUCCUUUGCAGACCCACCACGAGGAGCAUUACAAGACGGUCACAAUUGGUAACGACAAGGAAAUGGUGCGUGAUCAUGUUGUCACAAUCACAGUCGGCGACGACGACGAACAAGUUAAGACGGUGACUCUUGAGAACGCCAAGGAGUCGAACAAGGUUCAUACGAUCACGAUCGGACACUCAAAUGAACGUGUUUACACCAAGACAAUCAAGGAUGGCGAUAAUUAUCACACGGUCACAAUCGGAAACUCGGACGACGGCAUUGUUACUAAGACAAUUCACGACGGCGGCAAAUACUACACUGUUCCAAUGGGAGGCUCAAGUGAUCGCGUUGUUACCAAGACGAUCCGCGAAGGCGACAAAUAUUACACGGUUCCAAUCGGCGGCUCAGGUGAUCAUGUUGUUACCAAGACAAUCCACGACGGCGACAAAUACUACACUGUCACAAUUGGGGACUCUGAUGACCACGUUGUUACCAAGACAAUCCACGACGGCGACAAAUAUUACACCGUCACGGUUGGAGACUCCGACGACCGCGUUGUCACUAAGACAAUCCGUGAAGGCGACAAGUAUUACACCGUCACAAUCGGAGACUCUAAUGACCGCGUUGUCACCAAGACAAUCCACGAGGACGGCAAGCCUUACACCGUCGUCGUCAAGCCUGAGCCGAGUGUUCAGACAAUCACGCUGGAAGGUGGCGAGAAGACAACCAAGACUGUCGAGGUGUACCGCACAGCUACGAUCACUGCACCCGCACAGACUCAGACUGUAACCAAGCAGGAAUACAAGACGAUUACGACUACGGUGACAGAUUCCUACGGCCAGCCCGAUGUUGAGAUUAUCAUUAUCAACAUUGAGACUGGCAAGUCGACCUGCAAGAAGAAGCUGAGCGGACUGCCUUGCCAUGGCAAGAACGACUACGAGCUCCCCGAGGUGUCCAUUUUGACGGUCACGGAGGAAUCGGGGGCCACGGAGACGGAUUGCUCUCCGAUUUCGGUCUCCACCAGCAUUUCCACUGUUUAUAACACAGUGGUUAUGACUGUGGGGCCGGACGGAGGUGCCGCCCCGGAGAGUACCGGGACGGCGACGAUGACCGAGGGGGUGGAGCACCCGGUGAGCAGCCGCAACAUCCGGGCUCGGCAGCCACGAGCCCCUCGGUCCAUUCGAUGGUGAUUUCGGAUGUGGGACGUGAAGGAGGAAAAGAUUGACACAUUGACACUACUUAUUGAGGAGGAGAGGAUGACAUAUACGGUAAUGGAGGAUUUGUCUACAGUGGAGGGCACUAAUGCGGGGGAACGGCCAAUAUUGGAAGAGCCAUUUGAUGUACAAGGCUUGUACGACAUAGUUGUUGGAAAAGCUGGGCAAUUAAUAGAUAAGGGGGCCGGUAGGGAUAGUAUUAAUGAGACGGGGGUUUCCUUUUAGUUAUUCAAUGAUUACAAAA